AUGUCUGCUUUUUAUUUUUCUGAAGCUCAAUUCAAUUGUAUUGCUCGAACUUUAUUCUCACGAGGUAUUCUCAAACGCGACAAUCACUAUGAGGUUUCCCGAUUUUUGCAAGAUUUUCAAUCUCAUGAAAUUCUUCAACCAUAUCAGAAAAUUAAAAUUAUUCUGACAUUUUUGGAAGAAGAUUAUGCCAGAGUUAAGCUGUGAGUUUCAAAGUGUUUUUAAAUCAAAAUUCAGUUAAAAUAAUCCCAAUUUUCAGAAUGAUCAGUAAACAGAACUUUUCCCCGGAACAUUUUGAAGAUUUGAAAUUACUGUGGUUAGAAGCACAUUGUUUGGAAAUCGAAACUCGGCGGAACAAGGUUAGUUGAAAAAUUUCGAUUUUAUUAUAAAAAGUAUUUUUCUUGCAGCAAGAAGGUCGAGAUGUUCUUCAAAGAUUUUUCCAAAAAUCCAAAUAUCCAUCAAGAGAAGAAAAAAAGAUUCUAGCGAAGCAAACAAAUUUGACAACAACACAGGUUAGAUAUAAAAUAUUUGGAUUUUUGAAACGAUAUUUCAAUCGUAUCUUUUUUGCAGGUGUCCACAUUUUUUGCCAAUCAACGAGCUCGAUUGAGAAAACUUGGUCAUUUAUUUUGA